GUGGCGGAGUGAUCGGGCGACAGAAGCCCCGUGCGCGUGCGCACCGAACAGCUGUCACCCAGUGCGGAACAAGUCUCCCAAAUUUCCCAAACCUCCUUGGGCCAGAGGCCCCCGUCAUCCUCCUCAUCCUCUCCCUCCGGGUCGUGUCCUCACCCGCCCGCGCGCAGGUGAUUCCUCCUAAGGAGUGGAAGCCAAGGAAGUGCUACGAUGAUAUUGAUAAUUUGCUCAUCCCAGCACCGAUUCAGCAGAUGGUCACAGGACAGUCUGGACUGUUCACACAAUACAACAUCCAGAAAAAAGCCAUGACGGUGAAGGAGUUUAGGCAGCUGGCUAACAGUGGCAAAUACUGUACUCCCAGAUACCUGGAUUAUGAAGAUUUGGAGCGCAAGUACUGGAAGAACUUAACCUUUGUGGCACCUAUCUAUGGUGCAGAUAUUAAUGGGAGCAUAUAUGAUGAGGGUGUGGAUGAAUGGAACAUUGCUCGCCUAAAUACCGUCUUGGAUGUUGUUGAAGAAGAGUGCGGUAUUUCUAUUGAGGGUGUAAAUACUCCUUAUCUCUACUUUGGCAUGUGGAAAACCACAUUUGCAUGGCACACCGAAGACAUGGACCUCUACAGCAUUAAUUAUCUCCACUUCGGCGAGCCCAAGUCUUGGUAUGCUAUACCUCCGGAGCAUGGAAAACGACUUGAAAGACUAGCUCAAGGUUUUUUCCCCAGCAGCUCCCAAGGGUGUGAUGCAUUUCUUCGGCACAAGAUGACACUGAUUUCUCCAUCAGUAUUGAAGAAGUAUGGCAUUCCCUUUGACAAGAUCACCCAGGAGGCUGGAGAAUUUAUGAUCACUUUCCCAUAUGGCUACCAUGCUGGUUUUAAUCACGGUUUCAACUGUGCAGAAUCUACAAAUUUUGCUACUGUCAGAUGGAUUGACUAUGGAAAAGUUGCUAAAUUGUGCACUUGCAGAAACGACAUGGUGAAAAUUUCAAUGGAUAUCUUUGUGAGAAAAUUUCAGCCAGACAGAUACCAACUUUGGAAACAAGGCAAGGAUAUAUACACCAUUGAUCACACAAAGCCUACUCCGGAAUCCACCCCUGAAGUAAAAGCAUGGUUGCAGAGGAGGAGGAAAGUCAGAAAAGCACCCAAGAGCUUUCAGUGCUCUAGAUCUCACUCUAAAAGGCCUAAGUCUGAGGAGGAUGAGGACAUGACAGCAGAAGGUGAUGGGGCAGAUGUUCCUGGCCCAGACACAGACGACCUCAAGACCAGUGGAAAGCAAGAAGAACCAGUAAAAUUGGGGAACACAGAAGUAGCUUCAGAGGAAGCAGCCUCUGCUAGCAGAAUACAAGUGGAUCAGGACUUAUCAAAUAAUAUAAAGCUUUCAGAAAAUAGCAGCUUAAGUAUACCUAUGAUGGAGAAAAUAAAGAGUGAAGGUGACAAAGCCUGUGCCAUUAUUGCACCUUCAAAACCCAAAGAAUUGGACCAUUCUGUACCAUUAUCUUCUGACAAUGUGAAGGCUGAGGACUCGGAUCCACCCAAUCUUUCAUGGCCAAAGUCACCCGAAUCGUGUUCCUCAGUGGUGGAGAGUAAUGGUGUGUUAACAGAGGGAGAAGAGAGUGAUGUGGAGAGCCAUGGGAGCAGACUUGAACCUGGGGAAAUCCCUGUGGUUUCCAGUCGAGAGAUAAAUGGCCUCACAGCCCCCAGUAUAAUAGAGGGAGAGACCAAAACUGCCAAGAGUUGGCGCCAUCCACUUAGUAAGCCUCCAGCCAGGUCCCCGAUGACGCUCGUGAAGCAGCAGGCAACUAGUGAUGAAGAGUUGCCUGAGAUUCCAUCAACUGAGGAGGAAGUAGAAGAAACAGAGUCUUGGGCAAAGCCUCUUGUCCACCUUUGGCAGACAAAGUCCCCGAACUUUGUGGCUGAGCAAGAGUAUAACGCAGCCGUGGCGAAGAUGGAGCCUCACUGUGCCAUCUGCACUCUGCUUAUGCCGUACUACAAGCCAGAGAGCAGCAAUGAAGAAAAUGAUUCUAGAUGGGAGACAGCAUUGGAUGACAUCGUUACAUCAGGAGGAAAGAGCAAGCCCCUCAUUCCAGAGAUAUGUUUUAUUUAUAGUGAGGGAAAUAUAGAAUAUCCUCCACCCAAUGCCUUCCUUGAAGAGGAUGGAACAAGUCUUCUGAUUUCCUGUGCGAAGUGCCGCGUCCGGGUUCAUGCAAGUUGCUAUGGUAUCCCAUCUCGUGAGAUUUAUGAUGGAUGGCUGUGUGCCCGGUGCAAAGGAAAUGCAUGGACAGCGGAAUGCUGUCUCUGCAAUUUGAGAGGGGGUGCUCUUAAACAAACUAAGAACAAUAAGUGGGCCCAUGUCAUGUGUGCCGUCGCGGUCCCAGAAGUUCGAUUCACUAAUGUCCCAGAAAGGACAGAAAUAGAUGUAGGCAAAAUACCUUUACAGAGGUUAAAAUUGAAAUGCAUCUUCUGCAGACAACGGGUUAAGAAGGUCUCUGGAGCCUGCAUCCAGUGUUCCUAUGGCCGCUGCCCUGCCUCUUUCCAUGUCACCUGUGCCCAUGCUGCUGGGGUACUGAUGGAACCUGACGAUUGGCCUUAUGUGGUGAACAUCACAUGCUUUCGACAUAAGGUCAACUCAAAUGUGAAGUCCAAAGCUUCUGAGAAGGCCAUCUCUGUGGGUCAGACAGUUAUCACGAAGCAUCGGAACACCCGCUAUUAUAGCUGCAGGGUGAUUGCUGUGACAUCACAAACCUUCUAUGAGGUGAUGUUUGAUGAUGGCUCAUACAGCAGAGACACAUAUCCUGAGGAUAUUGUGAGUCGAGACUGUGUGAAGCUGGGUCCUCCUGCCGAAGGAGAAGUUGUCCAAGUCAAGUGGCCUGAUGGCAUACUCUACGGGGCAAAAUAUCUUGGGUCGAAUAUUGCUCACAUGUACCAGGUUGAAUUCGAAGAUGGAUCCCAGAUAGCAAUGAAGAGAGAAGACAUCUACACCUUAGAUGAAGAGUUACCCAAGAGGGUGAAAGCCCGAUAUUCCACAGCCUCUGACAUGCGAUUUGAAGACACAUUUUAUGGAGCAGACAUAAUCCAAGGGGAGAGAAAGAGACAACGAGUGCUGAGCUCCAGGUUUAAGAACGAGUACGUGGAUGACCCUGUGUACCGCACUUUUUUGAAGAGCUCUUUCCAGAAGAAAUGUCAGAAGAGACAAUAGUCUACGUACACAAUUGCAGGCAGCAGAACAGCUUGGACUCGAAGAAGGAUGAAGGGAUGGCCUUGGGGCUGUGCCAUGCGUUUUGCUGGGUAGGUGGAUGGGGUAUGUCUCCAACAGUGGUAAAUCAGGCUUCCGGAGUUUGGUUGCCAAAACCACAAAAUACACAUAGUAUUAAUUGGAUACAACUAUUUGAAGUCAUCUCCUAGUCUUGCUUUUACUUGUGAACUCUUAUCUUCUAUGAUCCCAAAGAGUUUUU